CAAACAGUAACAAGAAUGGCCUCAUCAUCGUCAAUCACUCUGAAAGACAUGAUCCCUGCAGCGGAGAAUAACAUAAACACAAGAUUUAUAUUGCUGGAGAAGCGCAACACUUCAACAAGAACUAUGGGAAGUCAAGGUAAGCAAAACAGAGCAUGCUUGGCACUAGUGGCGGAUGAGACUGCAGCGGUUCACUUCCAGCUGUGGGGAGAAGAGUGUGACGCCUUUGAGGCGGGGGACAUCAUCCGCUUGACCAACGGCAUCUUCUCAUACGAUCGGAGCAAGCAAGUGGUGCUGAGAGCUGGGAAGAGGGGGAAGGCCGAGAAGGUAGGAGAGUUCACUUUGGCAUUCGUCGAGACUCCCAACAUGAGUGAAAUACUUUGGGGUCGCGACCCCAAUAACCCCAAGCGUUUAGUGCAGGAGACUGUGAUCUCUCCUUACUCCCGCAUUUUCCCGCCACACCAAUAACCCAGUCAAAUUAUUACAUCUUGCAUUUUCUAUCAGAUUAUACCUUGAUGAUUUCUAGGGUUUUGCUGUUA